UUCCGUGCUGAUAAGAUGCACAACAAACGCUUCGACCCAACCGUAUGACGGCCAAUUCCGCAAAUUAAAGAGCGACAACAAGGUGAGGGUGUCAGCUAUGGGGAAGUCCCAGUCACUGCUGGCCAAGCACAAAGACGACAGUCAAGAGGUGCUGACGCAAAAUAAGGACGAGUGCGGAGAGACGCCAGCGCAGGAGGAAGCCAAAAACGGCGACGUGUCGCAGUUUCCUUAUGUGGAGUUCACCGGUCGGGACAGCGUGACCUGUCCCACGUGUCAGGGCACAGGUCGCAUCCCCCGAGGUCAGGAGAAUCAGCUGGUGGCUCUGAUUCCCUACAGCGACCAAAGGCUGAGGCCGAGCAGGACGAAGCUUUACGUGACCAUAUCGGUGUGCGUGUGCCUACUAUUGUCCAGCCUGGCCGUCUUCUUCCUGUUCCCCCGUACCAUCGAUGUCUACUACGUGGGCGUGAAGUCGGCCUAUGUGGCCUACGACCACGAGAAGCAAAUCAUCUAUCUCAAUAUUACCAAUACUCUGAACAUCACAAAUAACAACUACUACGCCAUAUCAGUCACCAACAUCACCGCCCAGGUGGAGUUCGCCAAGACUGUGAUCGGCAAGGCCAAGUUCAACAGCAACAGCACUGUCAUCGUACCUCUGGACCAGCGACAGAUUGACUACACAGUCCCCACUGUCAUUGCAGAUGAAUUAAACGAUAUGUUUGACUACUGCACGCUGCAGUCCAUCAGAGUGCACAACAUGGUAGUCAUGAUGCAGGUGACUGUGACCACGUCGUACUUUGGCCACACCGAGCAGGUGUCCCAGGAGAUGUACCAAUAUGUGGACUGCGGGGGAAACACCACGUCCUUGCACGGUCACGUGCAGGUCUUGUAAGAACAACACAAGUCCAACCUUGGAGAGCAUUCUUCUUACCAAGAAAGGUGAAAUUUGGUACUUUCUUACACAAUUAAGCAGCCGGUGAGAUGUAUUUAAUAAAACAUCUACGUUACGGCUGCUUGUUUGCUAUUAACGGUGUGGUAAGGCAGAGUAAAGUACUUGGUAAAAAAAAAAAAAAAAAAAGUUAUUUUAACAAUAAAAAUGUGUUUUAAUAAGUUUGCACAUGGCACACUCCAACUGCAAUGUUUGCCGUGUUUUUUGAGAGCUGGUCUGGACCACUAAAGUCCAUGGCACUGUCACCUCCCAGAGGUACUUGUUUAAGCGCAACAAAUCCAACUUUUGGAAUACUUUAUUUUUGAAUAAAAAAAAGUCUGUUAACAGAGAGAGGUACUUCUAGUUUAGUUGAUACGGCAUAUCUUUGAGUGUUCUUGAAAACUGCAACAUGGACUGUCUAUUUUGCUGUAUUUUGACAUUUUCUGUCUCAGCUGGGUUUUUUUUAAUAUUAUUUCAACUGUUUUAGCAUUUCCUUGGAGUAUGAUUUUAACACAGAUGUGAUUGCAUUAAAAUAUAUCUGAUACUUUUCCAAUUAAAGUAGGAAAAGGGAUGUCUUUAAAUUCACAAGACAUUGCAGCAUUAUUUUUAAGUGUGUAACUAUUAACUUGGCUUCCUUCCUUAUCCCUGCUCCUUGUAACUUGUGAUCCAUUUUGUUAAAUAUACUAUAAUUGGAUUUGUUAAUUUGCGAUUAAAAAGGAAAGUCAUAAGAUGGAGAACAUGAGUUUUGCAUGAAAGAAGGCCCAAAAAUAAAAUUGUUCUGUCAUUU